UGUCUGUUUAGAUAUCCACGCUUAAACCCUUGAAAUCACACAUUUGUGGUAUCUGCAAGAUGCGCGCUGGACGCCGUUCCUCCGGGCGAGCUGUGGGGGAAUAAGGGUAGACAAGAUUUUCAAUGUGGGCUACAUAUACAUGUGUUGUAGAGACUAGAGCCUAAUAGUGCGUGACUUACGGGCCACAGGCUAAGGAGGAGGCGGGGCUCACCUGUCCGUCUUCUUACCUGUCCUGGCGGAACACCUGACUCUUCUUUUCAACAUGUCCGACAGGUCUCUGAUUUGACCGUUCGGGCGUUGACAUCGUAAGAGGCGGCGGGUGCUACUGACACCGUUGAAUCAGCGCCAAGGUCAGGUAGAUAGAAACAUGGCGACCAGACAAGGAAAGAAAGUCAAAGUCAGAGUAAAGAAUCUCUUCUCAAGAAGACGGAAGAAGUCUUCCCGGCACAAGGACCAGGUACGCCUUCUUAAAGAGUCGGAGGAACCGAUAACAAUCAUAGGCGACGACGAGGGACACAAUGAAGAACCGAACUUGACCUUAAACGUAAAAGCCAGACAGACGACAAAAAGUCAGAAGCCCAAACGCCGCAGUGUGAAGUUAGAUGUUGGGGACAUGUUGUACGGUGGGCAGGGCGACCGGGAGACGGAGCCUUCUCCCUCGGGCCACACGGGCACCGACUCCCGCAGGGGAGAGGGGGCACGGCCCGGGGAGGAGCAAGACUUGGACCUGCGACUUGUCACGAAGGAAGACGGUGAGGACUCUCCUUGGAAUAGCGAUGAGACUAACGAGAAGGUAUCAGUUUCUACCCAACUACAUCUAGACAGUGGUGAAGGGGAAAACACUCAGUCUGGCAACAACCUAAAGAACUGUGCCUACAGCGAUGCGGAAGUCUUGACACGUACAGGGAAAGACAAGAAAAGAGAAGAAAAGUCGAAGAAGAAACGUAAGAAGAAAGUGACCUUCUCGCCCACGUCUACCAAGUACAUACAGCUGGACGCCUCCCAGGAAGCCUUAGACGUCUGUUUGGUGGAAGAACAGAAGAUCAAAAAGAAGAAAUCCAGAAAGAAGAAAAUCAAAAAGAGAAUCCGCAAGGCGGCGCGCCUGAGCUGGCGGUACCUGUUGGCGGGUUUCCGGAACAUGACGCUGGUGACGCCGUUCUACGUCACCACCGACACGAUGCAGAGCGUGUACUCCCCGCAGUACGACACCAGCCUCGUCACGCCCAUGUACAUGACGUCAUACACCGGGGAGGGCGGGUACACACAGCGGUAUCCAUGACAACCGUUGCCACGGCAACAGCUAUUGGAGAAAACCGCAAUGACUUUCAAUAUCGAAUGAAAGUUCAUAUAUGGUGGUAAUUGGUAUUAUAAAGAUUCAGGUUUCGGGUCAUUUCAACAUGAGAAGGAUCAGAGAACUGUUUGAAGGCUUGUUGAUAACGUUAAUACAAUAUUGAUACGCAGCUUAAGUCUGCAUAUAAAUCUUUAUAGCAAUAAUUAUUCUCGUAGGAUACACGGAAAUGCCUGAGGAAAAAAUUGUGAUAUUUCAAAGUUUUGCUGAGUAAACAAUAGUUUCACAUAUCGGUUAAGGGCAUAUGUAAUCGAUUUUGUUUCUAGUUCCUUUUCUUUAAGUUUAAAAUUAUUUCACCUUGACGUCAAGUGGAUCUUCCAAAUUUAAAGUUUCCCCCACGAAUACAGUGCACACGACAAAGCUUUACACGGAUAAUAAGACUAAAGCAGAUCAAACAAAUUCAAUCCUGUCAACAGCUUUGAUUUCGAUGCAAUUUAUUGACAUAAUUUGGUGUAUGCCUGGAUGGUUUAAAAACUGUACAAUCGGAUAGUCUAUCCUGCACAUCAGGAAUAAGCUUCAGACAGUGAUGAUCGAUAAUGAAUUAUUUGCUGUAAGAACAUCUUCGUACAUUAUGAUCUAUUCUAUAGAAAUCACACAUAAUGGAACAUUGCCUUACUAUUCAACAGUAAAAAUACACAGAUUUUGCAGGCACGGUCGCAAUAUCCCCAUUCCAAUCUACACUAAAGCAAAACAAAAUUAUCAAAACAUACUUUUCAUGAAAGGUUCCACACCUCUAUGUACACAGUUGUAUGGAUCUAACUAACUAAGGUAACUGAAUCAAAAGUCUGUACUGUAAGCUCGAAUGUAUGGUGGCACAAGAAACAAAAGCAACUUUUGCAAAUUCUCUGUUCAGACAUGGAAGUUCGCUCCUUGUUUAAACAGACUAAUGAUUUGAUCUACAAUAGUUCACGACAAAAGGUAAAUACAUGAUGUAUUCUGCUGGUACCGUCAGCCUGGAUUGUUUUUGUACUGAAUAGCUUGUU